AUGCCUUCCUAUGUAACCGAUGCCAACCUUACGAGUUAUGAAUUAGCGUUUUGUGGAGCCAUGGCCGGUGUAUUUUCGCGGGUUGUGAUUGCACCAUUAGAUGUUGUAAAGAUUAGAAUGCAAUUACAAACGCACCGAACGCAUUUUGGAUUUCGAACAGCCGAAAAUUCAGAUAUUCAAUACUCGAACAUCCGACAGGCUUUAAAAAGGAUAGUGAGAGAAGAAGGGAUCAGGGGCUUGUACAAGGGAAAUAUGCCAGCCGAAUAUCUUUAUUUAUCUUACAGUGCAGUUGAGUUCUGGGCGUAUAAAGAACUGGAGCAAAAAGUUGAGACAAUCGAUGUAAAUAACAAGGUACCGCAUACGGUCAAGACAUUUGGUUCUGGCAUGAUUGCAGGUUGUAUAGCAACUGCAGCAACCUAUCCGUUUGAUUUAUUGAGAACAAGAUUCGCUGUGAAUAAAGGUCCUCAAAUGUACAACACAAGUGUUACACAAGCAAUGGUGGAUAUCUACCACAAGGAAGGGCCAAGAGGAUUCUAUAGAGGCCUAUGGCCUGCUAUGAUUCAAAUUAUGCCGUAUAUGGGACUUCUAUUUUCCAGUUAUGAUGUAUUUGCCAAGAGUUUCAAAAAGUUAAGAGAUGACAAUGUGUUAAGCAAAGGUUAUAAGCCAACCCAUGACAUGCUGAGUGGGGCGAUGUCUGGAUUUUUCAGUAAAAUGGCAGUUUACCCGUUUGAUUUAGUUCGAAAACGGUUACAAAUGGAAGGGUCUUAUCGGGCUGAGUCGAAUCAAUCUUGGCUAAGUUGUUUAAUGAGUAUAAUGAAGCGAGAAGGUGUUAGGAGUCUGUACAAAGGACUAGCACCUUCUUUACUCAAGGUGGCACCUGCAAAUGCAGUCACUUUUAUGGUAUUUGAAGAGACUAAAGACCUUCUGAUAUUGUUCAAAGAAGUAAAAUAA